AAACGCGGCAUACUUUCUGGCCCCGACCGUACGUAUCGUGGGGUGGAAAAUUAUUCACUCAUGAGAGAGCGUCUAGCUGACUAACCCGGAACAAAGUCUGACCCCAGAUGCGCCCUCACAUAACAGAGCACUGACUGCAGUCACAAGGCGUCCUAUGUUUACCCUGGUUUAAAUGAAGACUGAACUACGCAUUUUGACAUGGACAAGGAAUACCAUGCAUUUCUCUGCUUCAACGGCGCCGAUGAGGAGUUUGUGGAUAAGCUGAGGGAGUACCUGGAGUCUCCUAAUAUUGGACUGAAAUGUGUGGACCACAGGAGAGACUUUCAUGCAGGAAAGCCAGUGGUGAAAAACAUAGAGGAAUUUAUUGCCAGGUCCCGCAAAUGUGUUCUCAUCAUGACUCCAGACUUUGUGACGAGUGAGUGGUGUGCGUUUGAGACUGACAUAAUGGUCAACAUGUCUGUUGAGGAAACACGGGAAAACAUCAUCCCAGUCUUGGUGAAGCCUUGCAACAUUCCCAAAGGUGUGAGAACAUUGACAUACAUUGAUGUGCGUCAGUCCCAGAGAUGGAGGGAGAGGCUCGUGGAUGCCAUCAGGAGGACAAGUAAAACAGUUCCUUGCACUGACAGAUCAACGCCCGAAACCGAGGUGGGAGAGCCGGACAUGGAGGACACGGUGCGAACAGCAAGGGAUGAGAAGCAAAUGUACUUACAAUGUGUUCAAGACUAUAAACAGGACAAACGAAAGUUAGAAUUAGAAGGGAAAUCUUUGGAGACUGAAGUAAACAAUGCAUUCACACUUAUUUCAAAACAGUUAUUUGACCAGUUAGAAAAGCAAAAGGCGAAAAGGUUAGAGGAAAUUCGCACACAAAUAGCCAACCGACAAACAACUCUUCUCCAACAGAGGAAUACUGCUGAUGAUAUAGUUCGUUUGAUGGAGGCUGAUUUUAAGAAUAACACCCAAAAUCUGAAACAUUUCAUUGGUAAGCUUGAUGACUAUGCAUCAUUAUUGAAAGAACAACGGGGUGGGUCCUACUAUGGAUUUGUAGACUAUGGCAGUCAGGUGGAGAAGAUAAAUGAGCUGAUGUCUACUGUGGGACACCUGAGGGAGACUGACAUCACACAGCUCAGAUCACAGGAGGACAAGGACAACUUCCUAAAGGAAAUGCAUCCAUCACUGGCAAUACUACCUCAAGCAACAGAGAUCAACAUCCACAGUAUUGUCAGAUGUCCUUACUUCCAGUAUGAUGCCAAGACUGUUUCGGAAGACUGCCGUAUCCUGCCUGACGGAAGUCUGUCUAACCAACCUCCUCUUCAGCCUCACUCACCAUCUGACACCAGACUCAAGACGUACAGAGGAGCUGCGGGGACGCGGACACUGACGGCAGGAGGCGUGUACUACUGGGAGAACAAGCUGGACGUAGACCUGGAGAAGGAACUGGACGGGCGGGAUUCGGUGUUUGAGGUGGCUCUCUCUAGAGAUGGCGUAUUUGAUGACAGCCAUGAAGGACACGCUGCCGGUAGUGUUGUCAGCAUCCGUGCAUAUCGAUGUGUUCGUCACCAAGGUGUUUGUCUUUCUACAGCCAGGUAUGCAUCACUCGUAUAUCACGGGUUCCUGACACAGAACCGACGUGGGAAGUGGCCGGCCAUUGAACUAGGGUUUCUACUGGACACCGUCAGACAGAGGCUGACCGUUUAUGACGUCACAAAGAAGUGGGAGAUAACCAGUGUGGAGGGGAACGGGGACGUGGAAGAGUUCACUCCUCAGUUCGCUGUGUAUGCCCCUAAGAAUGGAUCAGUGAAGUUGUCAGUGAUCACUGGCAUAGGUUUACAUGUGUCAGAUGAAACAAGCAAAAGGUUGAUGAAGGACAUCGAGAAAUUAAAUCAAUGAUGGCUGACACUGCUCCUCAACACACACACACACACACACAAAUACACACACACCACACACACAACAAAUACACACACCACACACACACCACACACACACCACACACACACACACACA